GAACACUCCUCUGAAAAUAUUAUCUCUCUGAAAAGUGAAAUAGCUAUCGAAGGAGUCCUAUUGUAAUGAGUGUUUUGGGGGUAUUUCCUGUUUAUGUGGCCCACAGGGGCUUAUUUAUUCAUCUUGAAAUAUUAAAAACAUUACAGUUUUAUUUUUAAGACAAACUAACGGGUAUUGAUUAGGGAACGGUUUAUUGUUCUCUGGAACUGAAACAUUUGGUUUGGCCGUUAGAUAUACGUUUCAACGCGAAACUGACAAAUGGAGACCUCUGAAAUGAAAUGCGUUCUCUUAACCUCAUCUGACGAAGAAAAUGUGGAAUGCAUACCAAAAAUAUUAAGCACAAUCUCCCUCCAAGGCUCAUCUCUUCAGAGCUUCCAAGAUCAUCAAGAACAAGAAGAUGCCAGUAAUCUUCUGUACCCUGUGUGUGAGAUAAAAGAAGAAAACAAUGAUGAAGGAGAAUGCAGUAAAGAUGUUGGAGUAGAGAGAGUAAAACAGGAGAAGAAGAAAGUUAAGUUGACUCAAUUAAGUCCAUUGAAAAAUGUCAGUGGACCUAAACAGAAAGCACUCAAUUCAAGACGAAAUGACUCCAACAAUGUUGUCGAUGCAAGAAAUCUCGCCCUACAAGAGAGUUUAUUCAAAACAAAGGAUCUCUUUGAUACAUUCCUGCGAGUAUGCCAGGAUCAGGAGACUAGCAAUGAGAUGGAGAAAGUGGUGGAGAAGCUGAUGAGAGCCUAUGGCAAGGCCAGGCAUGAGUACCUGGGCUCACUGGUGUUCCAAAACAUCCUCGAGGCUGAGACAGAAAAGGUGAACACAUCGAGCGAGAAGCCAUGGCUCAACUUGAAGCUGGUAUUGGACGAAAUGAAACACAACAAGAAACUCACCGCACCGAAACUGAAACUCGGGGAAUCUGAAGAUAGUCAGGCCGAUGCAGCAGUCAGCAAUGAUGAAGAGCCAGUCAUUGAAUGUCCCAAAAAAAGAAGGCAUCUCAAGAAGCUAGAAAAGACAUUAAGGGCACUGAAUUUGAAGAUUAAAAAACUUGAAGAGAAGGAAGUAGAUUGGUCUGAUGAAGAUAAUGGAACCUAUGUAAAAUUAGACAGGUAUCGAACGCAGUUUAUCAAAGUCUACAACAAAGUGUGUGAAAUUAAAGGAAAACUUGCCGAUGCUGAUCGUCCCUAUCUAAGAAAGGUUUCUUUUGCAGGUACGACGUACCCUCACAUCAAUCGCUGCAUUGAGAGGUAUUACAACAAACAUCGGGAUUUCCCUGACUUUCAGGACAUCAAGAAACUGGUGAUUAUUGCUAAUGAGCAGGAAAAUAUACAGUUGCCUCCAAUCAAGAUCCAAGAAAUUGCUGCUGCAGCAUUCAAAGAAUUUGGAGAAAUGCUGAAGCGACUGCGGCAGUAUGAUGAUUAUGACGUGCUCAUCUCGUAUUUGGACCAGCAAGUGGAUCCUGCGCGCGACGACAAGCAGCUGCAGGAGCAACUAAACAUGAAUGCCAUGCUCUUCCGAAAGAAGGAGCAAGAGGUCAUUGACAAAUUUGCUGCAGAAGAAGCUGGGUUGGGCUCAGCAGACCUUUCUGACAAUAAACCAAAGAAAAAAAGAAUUUUAACCAGUCCAAGGAAGAAACCCUUAGGGAAACGAAGCUUGUCCAGCAGUGACGAUAGCUCUGAUGAAGAGAAAGAAGCGUUAAAUACCAAUAAUACCAAUAAGAGCAAACCUGGCCCUUCUCUUAGCAGUAGUGAAGGGAACAGUAGUGACGAUGAGUCUAGUUCUGCAACAAAGAGUCCUGUUGCAAAGAAAAAGGCUGUGAUAAAAAAGGAAUCCUUUGUAGGAAAAGGAAAAACUUUGGUAGGAAAGAACAGGAUAGUAAAAAGAGGAAAAGUUUCUAACUCACCCAAAAAAUCAGAAACGCCUAAAAGGUCGCUCAGCAGUGAUGAAGAAAGUGAAUUGAAAGACCCCAAAGAUUCCUUUACCAACUACUUGGGCCUGAAAGAAACAUUAACGAGAAGUGAAACUAAAGAAGAUACGAUAAAGGAAGAGAGUGAUGAAGACAUUACUUGUGUUCAGGAAGUAAAACCAUCUCCAUUGGAAAGUAGUGAGAAGAAUGUCAGCAGUAAAAACAGUUCUGAUUCGGAAAGUGUAUUGAAAACAAAACCAACACCAUCGAAGAAAAUAGGUGAGCGAUCUGGCAAGAGUGGAUUAACCACUAAGAAAUCACUGAAGAAGUCAGUCCGAAAAGUGGAAGUCACUGAGAACAAAGAAGAAAGCAACAGUGGUUCUGAACCCAUCGAAAUAGUAGAGAGUAACAGUGAAUCCGGCAGUGUUAACAAAAAGAAACCGACCGCUGCGGCAGCUCAAAAACGCAUUGUUAAUCCAAACAAAAGAAAACGGAGUUUAAGCAGUGAAAAUAGUGAUCGGACUAGUAGUGAUGAAGAAGAAAGUGACGAGUGUGAGAAAAAGGAUUUGAGUGAUGCAGAGUUGAGUACGGGCUCAAAAGACCUCUCGCCGGACUCUAGUGAGGAUGAAAACAACGGAGAUAAGAAAGCGUCUGACGUGGAUGACUCUAUCAUCGUCUUGAGUGAAGAUACACCAUCACAACCCACAGCAAACAAACCUGUCACAAACAAUGCUCCAGCCAGGACGUCUCCGGAUAGCAGCGACAGUGAUGAUAUUUUUGUUGUAUCAACUCAAGAAACGACGCCAGCUGUACGAACUAUGGCGCCCAGGAAAACGAUGCCUCAGGUGAAGGAAAAGAGCAACAUCAAACCGAAUUUUCCGAGGAAUGGUCGAGCACCGGGGUCUCUGUCGUCGUACACCACCAACACGUCUCAGGUGAAGGGGGACAGUAAGCCGAACUAUCCGACAAAUAAUCGGAUGCCAGGUCCUGUAGCUACUGGCCAGUUGACUCCACCCAGACGACGCAUCGUGGGACUCGCUACCUCCACCCCCAUCCAGCAGACUGGGAACCUGCUGUCAAGAAGACUCCUGGACCAAUCAAAGAGGGGCAGCAACAGAGCACAACAGACAAGUUCCAGCUCGUCGAGUGUUGCCAGUAAUGGCAGCAAUAGCAGUAACCCUAACAAGCAGACCAGGUUACCACAGCUGGUGAACGGGCCGCAAGGAAAGACAUGACCUCGCGAGUCAAACCCAGCUGCCACCCCACCGACAGUCCCGAGACGAUUCCACUCAUAGUGCUAGACUAGUGCUAGUCAUAGGUGUCUAAUAUCUUGUACGUAAUCGUAUUAGCUUGCAAUUACCAUACAUUAUUUAUUUUUAUAUGAGUUUAUACAUAGUAAUUAUAUUAUAUUUAUUACGUUACGUAUGGAAAAUACUGUGGAAAAAGUUCCUUGUAAUUUUUGACUCUGUAAAUAUAGAACUUGAAAUUAUAUAACUUAAUAGAUAAAGGAUUUGUUAAAGAAUAGUAAUCAUAACGAACAUGAUAAAGCAUGAAGUAUAAGAUAUGCGUAUGUUAUUAGAACUUGCGCAUGUGUAAAAGUUAUAAUUGUAAAUUUUAAAAACAUAACGAUAAUAUCAGUGAUAUAAAUUUGUUUUAUGAGUAAUUAAUAAGCACAGGGGUAAAAUCAUUAAAUGUUGUAUCCAAGUAAAUCA